GAUGAAGAAAGUCUAGCUUGAGCCCGGUUUUAUAGUAAACAAGCAGAAUAAUAAAAACAGUUCAGUCACUAGUUUUCAUUGUCAAUCAUCAAACUAAGUGCUGAAUCAGCUGGUUAGUGUAUUAUUGUAUUCCCUGUGGAUUGCCCAGCUUUGAGUGGGAAAAGUGUGGUCAGUUUCACCCCAAUAAACCAGCUGUUCACUCAAUGCAUGGCAUUGUAGACCUGUGGUUCACUUGAACAAAGUUACUCUGGAAUAGAAGUCUGUGUCACCUCAUUCUAAGUUGUCUAAGAGUUCUGUGACUUGUUAGUGUAAUUACCCCAUCAACCUGUGAAUGAUUGAUUGUUCAGUAUGGUGUUAAUCUGACCACAUGCAUGGCACAUGAGGUAACAAUCCCAGAGUUGGUCGCUUGAGUGAUGUGACCUCCUUAUGUUCAAUACACAUGCUAAAUCUCAUGUUGUGUGUGUACAGCAGAAGUGACGGUCUGUCAUACGUUUAUUGAACACAGUACAUGGAAAAAACUCCUUUGAAAGACUGCCACAGUUGGUAUAGAUUGAUGUCAACCCACAAUGAUUUUGUCCAGUUUUCGCGUGACAUGUUGUGUUUUAAAGACAAUUCAUGAUUUUACAUCUACGUGAUCUUCUCGAUUCAUCCGACCAGAUUUUGUUUCCUGGCAGGACACUUUGACACAUUCUCACCCAAGUUGAUGCCGCCGAAACUCGUUGCAUCAACAAUCUAAUUCCCUUAAUUUGUGGGUGCAAGGCAUGAGUGAUAGUUUGAAUGGAUAAGCGAACUUCCAGCCUUUCCAGGACGAAGUAUACAUGCAUCUUAUGUUGGUGGGAUAGUUUGAUUGCUUGUGUUGACAACUCUUGGAUUAUUAAUCAAAUGAUAUUUGAUGGCAACUAAAGGUAAAGAUAAUGUGAGGCACAGAGCCUCCAAAGGUAGAGAUACAACACCUAGAACUGGACCCAAAUUUACUACAUAUCGUGAUCUUUGUGCAAGGCUCAACAACAAUGAUGAGUCACUGCAAGAACUGCUGUCUUCACCACAGCCGAUGGAAAACCCUGGGCUCGACAUUGGUGAGGAACAUGCAGCAAACGUUGUCCAGCUUUCUAAUCCCAGUGAUCGGAUCUCCCGGCCCACCAAUCUACAAUAUGGAGAAGCAAGCGAACAGAACAGCAUUACAAGCUCACUGGCCGAGACACCGCGACACCGUGGCAGCCGGGUGCCGUCGAUACUCAUUGUUAACCGUCCCGUUUACAGCCAACAAUACUUUGAUCAGGGAUUUCAGCCUCAGCGUCCCCAGAAAAAGACAAUUAAAGAACGAUUUAAAGAGAAAAAGGAGAACUGCACAUGUUCGUUGCAAUGUAUCAAGACAUUUUUGUUCCGUUUUCUCCCGUUUCUUGACAUUAUGAGCAAGUAUGAGGUUCGGGAGGAUGCAGUCAGUGACCUCUUAUCAGGGUUGACGGUCGGGAUCAUGCAAAUACCCCAAAGUAUGGCAUAUGCUAUGUUGGCGAGUCUUAGUCCGGUCUAUGGUAUCUACACAUCGUUCUUCCCUGUGAUAAUUUACUUCUUCCUUGGAACAUCGAAACAUAUAUCCGUGGGUACAUUUGCUGUGAUAAGUCUGAUGGUGGGCUCAGCCCUCGAUCGAGAAACUGCCAAUUUCCAACCAGAUCUGAAUAUAACAUUGUUGAACGAAUCUGAGGUCGACCUUGACACACAACGGGAGGAUGCAUUGAUGGAUGAGAAAGUUCAAAUCGCCAUACAGUUAACAGUAUUAGUAGGCAUAAUACAGCUUGCAAUGGGUAUAUGUCAGCUUGGAUUCUUCACCAUGUACCUCUCCCAACCACUAGUCAGUGGAUUCACAACUGGCGCAGCAUUCCACGUGUUCACUAGUCAAAUCACGCAUGUGUUUGGACUGUCCAUUCCAAAAUACUAUGGACCACUUAAAUUGAUCUAUAUUUACCGUGAUCUCUUUUCGAAUAUUCACCACACUAACAUUGCGUCAUUGGUGACAUCGCUGAUAUGCGUAGCUGCCCUUGUCGGUGUGAAGGAAGGAAUCAAUAACAAGUUCAAGGACAAGAUGAAGAUGCCCGUACCGAUUGAACUCCUUGUGGUGAUUGCUGCAACUGUGAUCUCUCACUUCGCCAAGAUCAGUGAGGUUUAUAAGGUGAAGGUGGUCGGAUACAUUCCCACAGGAAUCCCGCCACCACAGCUUCCUGCGACGAAUUACAUGAGAGGCGUGUUCAUUGAUGCUGUUGUUAUUGCCAUUAUUGCCUAUGCAAUAUCUGUAUCGAUGGCAAAGAUAUUCGCCACCAAGCACAAUUAUGAGGUUGAAUCUAACCAGGAACUCAUUGCCCAUGGAGGAUCCAACAUCAUCUCAUCUUUCUUUCUGUGUUACGUCUCGGCUGCCUCACUCUCUCGUAGUCUGGUCCAGGAGUCGAUGGGAGGCAAGACACAGAUUGCAGGCCUCAUCUCUUCCAGCCUGGUACUGGUGGUUCUUCUGGCUGUAGCUCCUCUCUUUAGGUCUUUACCAAAUUGUGUUUUGGCAUCUAUCAUCCUGGUCGCCCUCAAGGGAAUGUUCCUGCAGUUCCAGCAGCUGAAAGACCUGUGGAAGAUAUCCAAGUAUGACUUUUCGAUCUGGAUUGUUUCCUGGUUGGCGACCGCCCUUCUUGAUGUCGACCUUGGUCUUGGUAUCGCCCUGGCCUUUACCCUCUUCACUGUUGUCUGGCGCACGCAGGGGCCGUACACGUGCAUUCUCGGAAGGAUGCCACAUACUGAUAUCUAUAAGGACACUACUGUUUACAAUGAUGCUGAAGAGGUAAAAGGAAUCAAGCUCUUUCGGUUUGGCGGCUCCCUCUAUUAUGCGAGUGCUGAAUAUUUCCUUAAGAAAUUGUACAAAAAGACCGGUUUGAAUCCUCGCAAGCUGAAGGCAAAGAGGGAGAAAUAUGAAAGGAAGCAAGUGAGAGAAGAAAAGAAGAAAAUCAAAGAGGAGAAAAAGGAUAACAGGAAGAAUAGUAAAGAGGUGAAUCUAUGCAUGAACAUUUCCCAUCGGGAUUCGGUGGAGAUCAGUACCAUCAAAGGGGAUGUUUUUGAGAAUGAGACUAUUGAGAAGAAGUCUGAUGAUAAUGUCGUCAUUAAUGUUGGUUCGAAUAGUUUUGUGCCUUCCAAUAUGCCAAGCAGCCUCAGCUCAGAUCCCGAAUGGCCGAUGUUUGAUUGUCAUCACCUGGUGAUCGACUGUAGUAUUAUGGGAUAUAUGGAUUGCGUCGGUGUGAACAUGUUGAGUCAGGUUAUUGGAGAAUACAAAGAAGCAGACGUCAAGGUCUUCCUGACAAAUUGCAAUUUCCGAAUCCGAGAAAUGUUUCGCCGGAUGAAUUUCUUUGACAAGAAUCCUAAGGAAUUGCUAUUCCUGUCUGUUCAUGAUGCAGUAAUGGCUGCGUGUGAGGAAAACAACGAAGACAUCGUGUUACAAACGCUGCUUAUUGACACCCCCAUGUUCCCAUGUUACGAGGUCAACGACAGCAGAAUCCCCAGUGCUAGCGGCAGCCCGACCAGCUUCAGAAAGUCUCCCCACCACACCCCGCUACCUACUCCCAAGAUAUCCCCUAAGGUCUUCAGGCGGGUCAUAAACAGUCAGGGCAGAGAGAGUGGCUCACCGUCGAUUCAAAGGGAUUUGUUGGAAGUGCCACACUCCUGCUGUAGUACGCCUGAUAAUGGGGACACGAAUAUUAGUGUUAUAGAGGAGGCUGAGGAGCAUGAGGAAGAAGGUGAACAAGCUGAGGUGAUCGCAGAAGUGGAGGUUGAAGAUGUUGUUAAUGAAGUCGAUAACACAACAAGAUUUUGAGCAGCGGGAGUGCGGAUUGGUUGUGUAAUCAAAAAGCUCCUUACAAAUGGAUGUCUCAAUUCUCAUGAUUUCUCAAACGAGAUGUUGUCAACCGUGGAGGAGAUGGAUAUGUUCACGGCUGUGAUAUGCAUUAGUCUGCUGUGGGAGUACAAGGUUAUUUCAAGGAAUCAACAGCCAGGAUGGUGGAAUGAGAGAUGUUGUAUCUGCAGCUCAGAAUUGACCGAUGUGAGAUUGUGAAAAGUUAUUCUCGUGGCCAUGGACACCACAAACACUAAUGUUUGGGAAACACACUUCAAUUUGCCAAUUGAAUGUUGUUAUGGAGGUCUUGAAAUGAAUCGGUGGUUUCUGCAGGUUUUAGUAGUCCUAACGUUGUCAGUUUUGUACCAUUAAACAAUUCGGUAUCUUAAGCUGUGAUAUGUUUUAGAUGCAACCCCUCUCUUGAUGUACAUAUUGGCAUUUUAGUGUGCUUUACGUAGCAUUACUUGCAUAUGGGCAAGUGAGUGAUAUGUUGAUAGACAUGGUUGGCACUGAUACAGGUAUGGUGUGUAUCAGUGCAGUAUUCAGUUGGUGCCAGGAUUCAACUUUUAACGUGCGAGUGUAAUGUGUUGAUCAAGGUGUGGCAGUUUUCAAUUGCCUUGGUCAGUGGCUUUGUAAGACUUCGUCCACAAAGAUGUCCUGAUGACAGUCUGGUUCCUUUCUCAUGACUGGUGCCUCUUGUAAUCUGUAUGGAGAGAAUGGAACGAGUCUGAUAACAGGAAUCUUGAUAAAAUGCUAUGUUGUAUUAUUCAGAAGUGUAUAUUUGAUAGUUCUUUAGGCAAACCAGCUCAAUGACAGAUUAUAGUUUGAGAACAGUUUAUAUGCUGAGUAUGAUAGAUCUGAUGUACAGGCUAUGUAUCAGCUGCUUAUUUGUUUUGUUGUAUAGCCUUUAGAAGGGCAAGUUUGAUGUUCUACAUAUGCUCAUAACAGCUCAGAUCAAAGGCAUUAGUUCUCUGGUUCUAUUAUCCACCUAGAAAUUUUGCAUGCAUCUGUUAGAUUAGCCUGAUAUACGGCUUGUUGAGUGACUGGUGACAGGACUGCUCGGGCUGCAGCCCUUUUAACCAUUACACUGUGUGUCACUGUGGAGAUUAUAAAAAUGAUAAGGUGUGUGAACCAGUGGUGCCAAUUUAAGUCAUUUAAUCAUCUCAAUCUCUGGUUACUGAUCACUUUAAAUACUUCGAGGGGUGCAGUUGCAAAUUUCUUCAAACAUCAUCUCAUAUCAAAUGCCUGUCUUUCUAUUCUUGACAGCAGAGACGUUUCAGAAUCACUUGUAUCCAUAGAAGGAGGUGAUUCCAAAGAUUGUUCUGCUGUAAAGUUUUAUGCAUUUGUUAGCAGUAAAACAUCUAAUGAUGAGCUCUGCGGUAUAUCUUUUGGGUUGUGAUUGGCUGGCCCAUGUCACAUGACCAGUGAAUCUCAUGUCUGAUGGCCAUAAAGUACUUAAGAUAUCAACAAUUGAAUUGGAGAUUAACCUGUCAUGUGGAAGGAGUACACAGCAGAAAGUUUCCAUCUUAUAAUCUGUGAUGGGCCCAUGAUGAAUCUAUGAUGAAUGUCACAAACCAUGUUUUACAUCCGAUCUCCCAUCAUAGACUAAAUGAUGGAUCAUCAUAGAGUCUGUGUUGAAUUCCCACCGUAGUUUUUGUGAUGGGAAUUCUGUCAAAGGUUCUAUAAGGGCAUUGUAAUUUGUCAGAAAUAUAUUGGAGUAUUCAGAUUUGUUGCCGCUGUGCAUUGGUCCGCUAACUCCCCUCAAGGACCAGAGUAACACAGCAGCACCUGUUGUUUGGAUUUGAUAAAAGGGGAUUUGAAUCAAGUAUAUUAUGGUGCAAAGCAAGAUGUGCAAUAGCUGUUGUCAAAAUUCAAAAUGGUGUCAUUGUGUCCAUUUAGUAAGCUCUUUUGUUUAGAUUUUUUAUCAAGAAACGUGUUGUGUGUAUUGCCUAGCUAUUUUAGAUUGUCAUGACUUGGUUCUGACAGAAGCAUGUCGUAUCUUAAUCAGGGAAGGGACUACGAUCAGUGAACCAGUAAUUCAGGGUGUUUUCUGUCACUCCCACUGUUUGAAGAUGACUGAUAUUGGUGAAUGAGGUUAUUUCUAUGCAAGGGAACAUAUUGACUGAUUUCUCAAAAAACUCCUGAGCCAACAAACAUCCAUUGCGAUGUUAAUCAUAGUCCAGAUUUGUGAUAGGACAUGUGUCACCCAUGGAAGACUGUUUUGAGGCCUAAUCCAACUGCAGCAGUUCAGCUGUUUGGUCGGCGUUUGUGGUCAGUUACAAUUGUCGAGCUAUUCAAAAUUAAUCCAAUGACCGAGAAACUGUAGUUUCCAACGCUCUCAGCUGUAGUAGAAACUGGCCUGAAAACCACUUUUAGAUGACACGCCUUGAAAAGAAAUGAUUUGUACCUGUACAAAUGUAUUUUCAUAGUUUCAAUCAUUAUUGAAAUUGACGAUAUUAUUUGGAGUCCAUUUGUAAAUGUAUUGACUGCAUUGUUUGUAGCUCUGGAGCACAAACUACAGAUCGGAUUUCUUUGAAGUUUUUUUUUUUGAAGUGCCAAAAAUUAAUGAACGAAAUACCCAGAAACAAACCCUGAAUAUGCUGAUUGGUUUCGAUGGUCAGAUCAAUAAAAAAAACGGUAUCAAAGAAAUCCAACCAGUAGUUCUUGCUCGAGAGCCCCAAAUGAUGCAGACAAAACAUUUACGAAUGGACUAGAGUGAUAUUUUACUUUUUCAUUGAUUAUUGUUCAUGGCUGUAAAUGUUGUACACAAUAUUUUUCACAAUAAAACUUGCUGUAUUAGAA